AUGCGGCUCAUCAACGUCGCCACCCUCCAGCUUGAGGACUUUGUGAGCAGCCACGAAACCCCGCCCUAUGCCAUCCUCUCCCAUACAUGGGAAGGCCGUGAGGAGGUCAGCUACCUCGAGUGGCUGGCGGCCGGCACGGACCCGAGUGCCCGGGACUGCAUCAGCAGUAAGCGCGGCUAUGCCAAGAUCCUCGGAGCAGUCAAGCAGGCCCAGGCCCACGACUGCGCCUAUCUCUGGGUCGAUACAAACUGCAUCGACAAGUCGAGCUCAGCUGAGCUGUCGGAGGCCAUCAAUUCCAUGUUUACAUGGUACAAGCGCAGCAAGGUCUGUCUGGUCCACCUCGCCGACGUCGCCGCCUUGCCCGUUCCGCAGGGUUCUGAGUCCGCGCCCGGGCCCGACCCCGGCUCCGGCUCCGUCGAUGCCGGCCCGGAUCUGGAGAGGAGCCGGUGGUUCCGCAGAGGCUGGACGCUGCAAGAGCUGCUCGCGCCACGCCGCAUGAUCUUCUACUCUGCCGACUGGCAGCAGGUCGGCACCGGCUCGACGCUUGAGACUCGGUUGAGUGCCAUCACCGGCAUCUCGGCCCACUACCUGCGCAAGGACAAUCCGCUAUGGACCGCCGGCGUGGCCGAGAAGCUGUCGUGGCUCGCCGGGCGGACGACCACCCGCCAGGAGGACAUGGCCUACUGCAUGCUGGGCAUCUUCCGCAUCAACAUGCCCCUACUCUAUGGCGAGGGCCCACGGGCCUUUGUGCGGCUGCAGGAGGAGAUUAUCCGCCGGACCAACGAUCACACCAUCUUUGCCUGG